AUGGCUGGUGAACAAAGGAGGCGGCCGUUCAGUUUCGAAGAAUAUGCCGAUAUCCUUUUGUACUAUGGAGAUGCCAGAGGCAAUGCUGAAGAAGCUCGUCACAAGAACCCCGCAUAUGUGAGGGUUGUUGUCGAGAAGAAGAAAUAUGGGUUGUUGGAAUGCACAUUCCGAUGCAAAACUUUCGAUGAUUAUACCUAUACUCAAAAAGAUGAAGAUGAUAGCAUUGCCAACUAUCGUCAAAUUGCAUUAUUUAGCAAUAUAUCUGAUCCUCUAGAAAAUACCAUGUACCACGGACUAUACGAUUUUGCUGAAAAAUCUCAUAUCCUGAAUAAGAGACCUAGACUGUACAGAAUGUUCGCUUCGACGUCACAAAGAAAUGAUGAUGCUUUGCGGGCGUCUUACAAUAUCUCGUUACUUAUAGCAAAAUCCGGAAAACCGCAUACUAUCGGAGAGAAGUUAAUUUUGCCAACCGUUGAAAAGGUUUUAAAAACUGUUUUACACAAACCUGCAUCUGAUAUCAUUAAAAGAAUUUCCUUAAGCAACAAUACUGUUGAAAGACAUAUUGAUGAAAUGAGAUCUGAUAUUGAAAGCUUCUUAUGUAAUUAUUUGCAAACGACCCAUUUCUCUAUACAACUGGACGAGUCAACUUUACCUGAUAAUGCAGCAUUAUUAUUGGCAUAUGUUCGUUUUAUUAUGAAUCAAGAAAUCUACGAAGAACUGCUCUUCGCAAGAACUUUGAUAACCGACACUAAAGGUGGAUCAAUAUUUCAUGUUUUGAAGGAUUACUUCAUUGAAAAAGCAAUUCCUUUAUCAAAUAUAAUAUCAGUAGCUACAGAUGGAGCACCUGCCAUGAUUUUGGAUAAUUGGAUAGUUAAUCCAUAUGGUGACAUAGAAGAAACGAAUGUCAUAAUACAAGAGAAACUGAUUGAACUAAGUACAAACGAAGAACUUAAGGUUCAGUUUAAAAACCGAUAUCAGCAAUUCUGGCUGCAAAAGAACGUCAUACCUAGUGGAAAGGGGGCUCAGCGCUAUUACCAAUCUCCUAACGAAAAAAAGAAACAGACUGGACAUCAUUAG